GCACUCUCAAAAUUAGGGAACCAUACGUGUCAAAUUUGGCAACCUGAACAGUUUGUAUUCUUUCUUCCCUUCCAGCCUCCAGGUACCCUGAAAAUCCUCCCACCGUUGCCGUUUCACCCAUUCCCACCGGAAACUUCCAUCUUUCUCAAACUCCAGUUUAAUUUCGGCAUUUUUUAUUCACCAACCAGUCCAAUGGGUUUGUUCUCACUCAUCAAUCUGUUGAUGCUUCUCCUCUCCAGAAAGGAUAACGAUGUUUUCUUGAGUUUUAGCCACCACGACAUUGGCAAGAAUUUUGGCGAUCAUCUCUACAAGGACCUCAAUUCUGCUGGGAUUCGCACUCUUAGAGAUGAUGGUGGAAUCUACGCAGGACAAAAGUCUGAUAUCAAGAAAGCGAUACAGGAAUCCAGGAUAUCGGUUGUUGUGUUCUCUAAAGGCUAUGCUUCUUCAACAAAGUGCCUGGACCAGCUUGUGCACAUCAUGGAUGCCAGGGAUAAAACUGGGCUCCUUGUGCUUCCCGUUUUUUACAACGUUGAUCCGUCGGAGGUCAGGAAACAGAAAGGGUUGUUUGAAGAAGCAUUUGCUAAACACGAAAAAAGCUUCCAUAAGGAAAUGGCUAGAGUGAAAAGUUGGAGGUACGCUCUUAAAGAAGCCGCAGACCUGGCAGGAAUGGUGCUGCAGCAAGACAGGUAUGAGUCAAAGUUCAUAGAGUCGAUUGUUAAAGAGAUCGCAGAUAAACUCAACUUCUCACUGCCUCACGCCCCUCCGUCCUCGUUACCACUGUCGGCGGCCCUCCGCCCACCUUCAUAUUUUCUUGGUCUUUUACGAGAGUGGAGAAGGUCUGUCUUUCAGACCCCCUCUCUCUUUUUAUUUUUUUUGUCUUCUCACUGAAUGAGAUCACUCAUUCAGUGAGAAGACAAAAAAAAUAAAAAGAGAGAGGGCGGAUGUAGGGGUAAAGCAGAAGUGUGAAACAAUAGGAACUAAGCACGUGGAUAUCUGUCGGGUGAUGAGAACAAAAGGCUGACAAGAAUGGUCCCACAGCCCACCGACUUUGUCCAAGCAUGGAUGGAUGAAUUAAUUGAAGGAUUGGACUUCAAUGAA